ACAGCUUCAAGGGUAGGCGUGGGCUGUUGAGGAAAGAGGACAUGAGCGGCCCUGGUCAGGAAUCAGGCUUCCUGCGCAACAUUAUAAAGACUCCCCUCCCUCUGGAUACCCUGGACAGUCUUGCUCAGACAACUGUGGAGGGAGUAGGUUAUUGCCCAGCCUAAAGACAGUUAGUUACAGAUUGAGGAACCUGAGAGUUGAACUGAGGGUUGUGAGGACAGCAUCGUGCGCAUUGGUUCUCGUCCCUGCUGGUCGGGGUACGAGUAGGGAGCUGGUCUCACCUAACAGAGGCGUCCAGGAGACUGCCCUCCAUGUUUUCUCUAGCUGGUGUCUUCUGCAACAGGAUGAGCAAGAUCCAGGUGGUGGAGGGAUAUAGGGUUGGAGGGAGGCAUGAGGCGGCAGGGUCUGAAGCGGCUGCUGCGCAGGGAUACGUAAAGGAGUUUACGCGCCACUCCAACGACGUCCUGCUGAAUCUGAACGAACUGAGGCACCAGAACAUUCUGACCGAUGCCACCCUGGUGGUGGGCACUGCCCGACUGCAGGCACACUGUGCUGUGCUCAUUGCAUGCAGUGGGUUCUUCUACUCCCUGUACUCCCGUCGUGUGUCCUCUCCUGGAUGGAGUGGUGCUGGAGGCCAGGCCCUGACCCUGUCACUCCCUGACUCCCUGGACCCCUCCAGCGUCUCCCUGCUCCUGGACUUCAUGUACACCUCCCAGCUGCCCCUCACGCCACGCACAGUCCCCGGAGUGCUCUCCGUCGCCACCUACCUGCAGAUGGACCACGUGGCUGACGCCUGCAGAGCUUUCAUGUUACACAGUGAGAGGAUGAGAGGGACGCCCCCUCAAAUGAAGCUGGACUCCACGGUGUCUGUAAUGUCUGCAGCACUCUCAGGGGGAGCUCCUCUUAAUCCCCCUGUCAAUGGAAGACCCCGCCCAUCUGUCCUCGUUGUCUCCACCCCCUCCCAGUCCGCAGCGGAGGCUGAGGGUCGUAUGUGUCAUGACUCGGCCAGCAGGGUCCCUGGAAACUUCCGGGCCUGUCUGCAGCCAGGGACUUUCCUGACCCGCGAGCCCAGGUCAAAGGAACUAAAGCAGGAGCCUGAAUCACCCAUCCUGGCCUCCACCCCUUCUCCAGACAGCCCGUCUCGCUCCAGCUGUCAGCCCAACUCUCCUGCGGAGUCCAACACCUGUAAUCUAGGUGAACCCAAGCGCAACCCUGACCCCAAAGCCUGCAACUGGAAGAAAUACAAGUACAUUGUCCUCAACCCCCUCUGUGCCGAAAACACGGUGAAGGAUGAGGAGCCUGAGGAGGGCCGGCAGCAGCUUGACCACAUUCCCACCUCUGAUAGGAUGGAAGUGACAUUGAAGCCACCUAUGGAGGCAUGGCCAAGGAAAGGAUCCGGACAAAAUGAAAGCCCUCCCCUGGUUCCCCACCCAGGGCUGCCAGCCCACCCUGUGGAACCCCCCAUGGAGCCCCCCACCCACAAGGAAGGAACAGUCUCGCCUUGCUGUCUGGCACCACGCCCAUUGGAUCCAGAGGCCGCCCACCACUGCCAGCACCCAAUUAAGCGUGAGAAUUACAGCUUGCCAUUCUGUUACUCCGGCAACCUGAGCGUGAUAAAGACUGCCUGCAUAGCCCCCAUUGCAGGAGACAAGCCUUACCGCUGCAACGUGUGCGGUGCCCAGUUCAACCGGCCCGCCAACCUGAAGACGCACUCCCGCAUCCACUCCGGAGAGAAGCCCUACCGCUGUGAUACCUGCGGGGCCCGAUUCGUUCAGGUGGCCCACUUGCGAGCCCAUGUUCUGAUUCACACGGGGGAGAAGCCUUAUCCCUGUCACACCUGCGGCACUCGGUUCCGUCACCUGCAGACCCUGAAGAGUCACCUGCGCAUUCACACUGGAGAGAAGCCUUACACUUGUGAGAAGUGUGACCUGCACUUCCGCCACAAGAGCCAGCUGCGUCUCCACCUGAGGCAGAAGCAUGGCGCCGUCACAAACACCAAGAUCCGCUACAAGGUCCUGACCGACCCCUACCAUCCCAUCCUGCAGGCCUGUUGACGGUCCUCCCUUUGACCCAUGACCUUUAACCCCUAACCAUAACCCCACAGAUACCAAGAAUAACCCCAACAUUUAUGUCAAUCAAAUCAUGAUUGUUUAUCAGUUUCCACCCUGGUUUCUCCUGUGUUGUUAUUGUCAAUGGCUGUGUCCCAAAUGGCAGCCUAGGCCUGGUUGCAUAAAACACCUUAAGUGAACAGAGAAUUUUCUUAACUUUAAAUCAGUUGAACAAAACAUUUUAAAAUGUGAAUUUCAACCUUAAAUUAAGUGAAAAAGUUAAUGGUGCCCAUGAGGUCCGUUAACUGCUUCAUUCAGUUUGGAUAUCAAUGUAAACAGAUUUUGUGGAUGUGAAUGUUACUUUCGUCUGCUCUGGUUACAAAAGGAAAACAUCAACCAGCUAGCUACUUAGCUAAGCAAUGGAAGGUGCAUGAUCCAUGGCUACAAAAGGAAAACAUCAACCAGCUAGCUACUUAGCUAAACAAUGGAAGGUGCAUGAUCCAUGGCUACAAAAGGAAAACAUCAACCAGCUAGCUACUUAGCUAAACAAUGGAAGGUGCAUGAUCCAUGGCUACAAAAGGAAAACAUCAACCAGCUAGCUACUUAGCUAAACAAUGGAAGGUGCAUGAUCCAUGGCUACAAAAGGAAAACAUCAACCAGCUAGCUACUUAGCUAAACAAUGGAAGGUGCAUGAUCCAUGGCUACAAAAGGAAAACAUCAACCAGCUAGCUACUUAGCUAAACAAUGGAAGGUGCAUGAUCCAUGGCUACAAAAGGAAAACAUCAACCAGCUAGCUACUUAGCUAAGCAAUGGAAGGUGCAUGAUCCAUGGCUACAAAAGGAAAACAUCAACCAGCUAGCUACUUAGCUAAACAAUGGAAGGUGCAUGAUCCAUGGCUACAAAAGGAAAACAUCAACCAGCUAGCUACUUAGCUAAGCAAUGGAAGGUGCAUGAUCCAUGGCUACAAAAGGAAAACAUCAACCAGCUAGCUACUUAGCUAAACAAUGGAAGGUGCAUGAUCCAUGGCUACAAAAGGUAGCUGGCUAGUUAGCUACAGCUACUCUGAAAACUAGCUCGGAAGUAAUAUAAACAAGUUGAGAAAAAAGUAACCAGAAACUAGGUUUAUUAUCUUCUGAAGCAAUUAAGUUCCAUUUUGAUAUCUCACAAAAUGAAAGUGACCUCUUUGACGAGAGGUUAAGUCAGUGAAUCAGACCAAGCCCAUGGUAACCAGAUACUCUGUCUGCCAUACAUGGGCUCUAUGCAACGCCUUUAAACAAUUCCCUUAGGCAAGGGACAAUUAUUUCUUAAUGUAAAGCCUUAUGGGAAACACUUAAUGUUUUAUGCAAACGAACCCUGUACAUUAUAUAGUGCACUACUUUUGACAAGGGCUCAUGGAGCCUACAGGAAUAGGAUGCCUUUCAAAACUGCCUGGCCCCAUCAAACCUGCCUGAUUGAGAGCUCAGCCUCGCCCCUCAAAAACAUGAGCUCAAGUAUGUUUCACUCAAGUAUGUUUCACUCACUGGCUAGAGGGGCCAUUAUAAAACACAUAUACAUGACUAGUUGUAAGCCAAUCAAACCAUGAUGUUGUAAAGGAUUUGUGGAAAGGCGGCCGGCGCCAGAGAGAGAGAUCGGAGCUGAUAUGUAGAUAGGAUGACAAUGCCUCUCCUCUAUGGUAUUGAGCUGGAGGCGGUCUCAGGCCACUUUAAGCGUUAGGUGGAUAACAUGUCAAGAGAGCUGUCGAAAGUUACUGGGAGUAGUAUGAGAUGUUUUUGUAUCCAAGGAGGUGCUUUGAAAAGUUGAGAGUUUUGAGGUUAUGAGUAGAGAGUGAGUGAGACACAGACACAGACAGAGCUAGAAGAGAAGGGAGAAAAUUAGGAUGAAGGACUAAGGAGUGUGGCUAGAAGAGAAAAUACAUUUGACAUGGUUGGUUGGAAUCAUGAGAUGAGGAAUUGAUUUCAUUAGAGUGACAGAGAGAAUGUUAUAGUAAGUUGUAGAGUUGAAUAGAGCAAGUGAAAGAAAGUUCUGCGCCAAUGCUUUGUUUAUUUUCAAGUGCCACAGCUAUUUUUAGGGACCGGGACACAUUGGGGACCCGUUGAGUAUUUGAGAUGGCAAUGCCACAAAGAUGUCAUUAAAUAACAAUACAGAGAUAGGUAAUAAUGCCCUAAGAACAAAGGUAAUAAUGCCCCAAGCACUACCGUGUGAAUCGACUACCCCGACUGUGUCAGCUUUAAAUAGCUUUUUUAACUAAUGUUUAUUUUUUACACACUAAAACCAAAGGCCUGGGGCCUUUGUCUAAUGUAUAUGACAGGUGUCAUAUAAGAUACGAUGUUUUGCCCAUUACAUCCAUUCUGUAUUUUUCUAAAGGUUUUUAUUUAAAAUGGCAGACUAUAACUUGUCAUCGGUGCAGAGUCCGAGCAGGCAAAGGACUUCCGUCUCUUGUGUAUGAAGGAAUAUCUUCUCUCAGAGCAUAAAAGCUAGAUAAUGCGACUGUAAAAAUGGAUGAGAGAUGAUAUUGAUAUUUGAAAAUGUAUGGUGUUCUUUUGCUGGACAAAGACAAGGACUGUUUUAUACUAAUUAAAUUAAAUUGAUUGACCUUAACUACAAA